AUGACCGGUCGUUUGGCAGGAAAGAUUGCUCUCGUCUCAGGCUCUAACCAGGGCUUUGGGAGAGGGAUCCUUGAGGCCUUUGUCAAGGAGGGCGCGCUAGUAUUGGGACUGGACUUGCAAGCCAUCGAUGGUCCUGUUGAUGGAUUCCCUGAGAGUCAAGCUUACCAGAUCAAGGCCAACGUGGCCGAAGAAGGGAGUUGGAAAAAGGCGCUUGAGACCUCGAUUCACCGUUUUGGCAGGGCGCCGUCUGUUGUUGUCCACAAUGCCGGCUGGUCAUACCCAAAUAAGUCUAGCAUUGACGUAACCCUCGAGGAGUUCAACCGCGCCUUCGAGGUCAACGUCAAGAGCAUCUUCAUCGCCUCCAAGAUGCUCAUCCCCGAAAUGAAAAAGAAUGGUCCCGGCUCGACCAUUGUCAUUUCCAGCGAAAACGCGAUCCGACCCGGUGCGCUGCAGACAUGGUAUAACGCCACCAAAGCCGGCGUGUCCUCAGCAACCAAGUCCAUGGCACUCGAGUUCGCCCGGGACCAGCUCCGGUUUAACACAAUCUGCCCGACCUCGGGCAACACGCCUCUCCUGAACAAGUUUGCUGGAAUCGCGGAUGGCCCGGUCCCAGCGGAAAUCAUCAAGGCUAAAUGUGAGGCGAUCCCGAUUGGGCGUCUCGUGGAGCCCUCAGAUGUGGCCAAUGUGGCUCUCUUCCUUGCCGAGCCUGCCAGCUCGAUCAUCAGUGGCGUGGAGAUUCUCGUUGAUGAACCGGCCAACGCCGACGGGUUUUCUUAUGAUCCGGGUACGGAGGAGCGCAAGCUUCUGAAAGCUGCCCUGGCAGAGACCGAAAACACAACCUUCGAAAUCCCCAGCAUCAUGAACGGUGAACGCCUCUAUACCGGUCGGAAGAGUGCCCAGAAAAGCCCCUGGAAUCACCAUGGCGCCCCGCUCGCAGAAUAUCACGAGGUAGACCGGGAGACCGUCAAGAAGAUUGCCAUCCCUGGUGCCCUGGCUGCGCGUCACAAAUGGACAAGCAUGCCCUUCAGCGACCGCGCCGCCAUCUACAAACGCGCUGCGAGGCUUGUCGAGACCAAGUACAGAUGGAAGCUCAUGGCGGCCACCAUGCUCGGCCAAGGCAAGACGUGCGGACAAGCAGAAGGCGACUGUAUCGCCGAAGUCAUCGACACCCUCAAUUUCCACGUUUACUACUGCCAUCAGCUCUACCAGCAGCAGCCGGUUAAGCAGUCAGAUUCGGCGUACAAUAGCCUCGAUUACCGGCCGCUAGAGGGGUUCGUUCUUGCGAUUUCGCCCUUCAACUUUACUGCGCUGGGUGCACAUAUUGCUUUCACCCCGGCUAUUCUUGGGAACGUCGUACUUUGGAAACCGUCACCGAUGGCCGUGCUGUCAAACUACAUCCUGUACCAGGCCAUGGAGGAGGCCGGGUUGCCCAAGGGAGUGGUCCAGUUCCUUCCCACGGCAGACCCUGCGGUGGUUGUUGAACCUGCUCUGGCGAGCCCCCAUUUCUCUGGUCUCCAUUACACAGGCUCUUCGGCGGUCCUUAAGAGCUUGUUCGCGCAGAUUGGGACAAACACAAACAUAUACAAGACCUUUCCGCGGAUCGUGGGCGAGAGCGGCGGCAAAAACUUCCACCUGGUCCAUAACUCGUGUCGUGAAGACGUCGAUUGGAUUGCCUCCGCUGCAGUUCGAUCAGCCUUCGAGUUCCAAGGACAAAAGUGUAGCGCGUUGUCGCGUCUGUAUGUCCCGAAGUCGAUGUGGGAGCAGGGUGAUCUCAAGGCGGCGUUGCUCAGAGAGGCGGCCAAGAUGACGCAUGGCGACGACGUCAAGCAACUUCACCACCCGCUCGGGCCGAUAGUUUUCGAAGCAGCUUUCGUACGAUUCGGAGACUUCUUGGAUGACGCCCAGAAGCAUAAUCAUCGGCUCCUCUUUGGCGGCAAGCGGAAUGGUAGCAAAGGCCUCUUCAUCCAACCGGCUAUUCUGGAGGCCAACCAGGAUGACAAGACGGCCACGUCCGAUUUACUCACGCGGGAGCUUUUUGGGCCGUUGUUUGCCGUGCUAACCUACGACGACGCACUGCCGAGCAGCCUUGAGGACGUAUGCGACCUCAUAGACUCCACGAGCGAGUACGGCUUGGCGGGGUCUUUCUUCUCGCGGGACAGAGAGGCCAUAAAGAUCGCCAAUGAGAGGUUGAGAGACUCGGUGGGCAUGUUUUGCAUUAAUGAUAAGUGCACUGGGGCAGUCAUUGGGGCUCACCCGUUUGGGGGCGCGAGAUCAAGCGGGACGAACGAUAAGGCAAACUCGAUGAAUGUUCUUCUUAGAUUUUCAAGCAUUCGGACCGUGAAAGACUCAUUCGAGAGUAUGAGCAGCACCAUCAGUGCUUGCCAUAUCCCAGAGUGA